AUCAGAUAAUUCGAACAUAACCACUGGACGCAUUGUAAACACCUUCACUCAUAAAAGUUUCUAUAAAUAUGCGUGUUUGUGUGUGUUUGAAUUAUAAACGGCGCGCUGGCGCUGCGCCAGAACGCAUGCGCUAAAUAACUUACGAGGAUCACUUCUCGCCCGCCCCGAUACCGACGCGGAACUCUGCGAUGCUCAAAAGAUAGUACAAAAAAAAGUGAUAAAUUAAGUGCUGUGAAAAUGUCCCCAAAGUGCCCAGUGCCUCCCCUUCAAGAAACGACACUGUCUUUAGUAGCCAGGCAACUCAUCCACGCCCUGUCCAGAGUCACCGCCGACGAAGAUGUCGCCAUGCUCUUCGCGAUGGUAUCGUCGUAUUACGAGCAAAUGGGGGCUACUAGCGACAUAUUUCAAGAUCUCAUGAACUUAAUACUAAACUCCGAAUAUCUCGACCCCUCUAUAAGAUACUACACAAUGAAGUUACUGCUUAGAGAGAAUGUGAAGACUCUUGCUACGGGAAUGUUCCCAUGCCCCUAUUACAGGAAAGUCAUUGAGCUGAUUGUUGAACAGGGGCAUCAUCUUACAACUCUAAAUCUAAAAGGAGUAUGGGUUAAAGAAGACCACCUGACGCUCAUGUAUAAUCUAAUCAAGAAUCUUACAAACCUGACAGUUCUCCAUAUCCCUUACAUCGCCAACGAUGAAGUUCUCAAAUUCAUCGGCGAACAUAACAAACAGCUGAAGCUCUUAGACGUGUCUGGUGAAACGGACAUCACAGAAAUCGGUAUAGACGCCAUGUUGUCUGGAAAUCCGGAGCUGACUCGAAGCCUAACUGUGGUCAAUAUAGGAAUGUAUGGCGAAGAAAACAUCGAUCACACAGACGUGGCGUUGUUGAUAAAACGGUUACCUAACCUCACAAAUCUUGGCAGUUACUCAUUCGUCGGGAAAUCUCUUUAUUACAUUUACAACAACGACUGUCCGCCCGAUUUCAAAACAAAGUUACAGUACAUCCACGACGCUCAAACUAACAUGAGGACCAUGAAAGCGAUAGUAGCUUUAUGUCCAAAUCUAGAAACUAUUUACCUAGAAGAGCCUGAUUCAGGCGUGCUUGCGUUGAUAAAAGAGUUUAAAGACAUUAACAAAAUUAAGCUUAACAAAUUCCAGUGCCAUGAGCUGCAUCAGCUUCUCGACAAAAUCGGAUAUAAAAUUGUUACGCUAAUGUUGUCUGGUUCGUUGGGAUCAUUCAACUUCACUAGGAUAGCAGAAACGUGCAGGAACUUGGAAAGUUUGGAGUUCUACCAAAUCCAGACAGCGACGCACGAAGAAGAAGUUCCAUUUACGAAACUAGAGCAUAUAGAAAUAGUUCAAGGAAACUUGUCGUCUUCGUGUCUCAAAUAUUUAAUGUGUGGCAGCCCGAAGCUGAAGAAAAUCAUAAUAGCAGACGAAAUUAAGCUGGAUGACAACGAUAUGUCGAGGAUGCUCCGCCGCUACAAAUUCGAGAACCUCGAAGGCAUUUGGUUCCCGAACGCACCUCGGCUAACACGGGACACUGUCGAACUACUCAUGGAGUGUUGUCCCAAACUGCAGAGCUUGGGUCAGCUGAGCGGCUGGCGGUUCACUCCUGAUGACAUGAUGCUUAUGAGAGCUAUAAUAGCAAGUACUAAUAUCGAUCUGGUACUGUCCCCGCUCGGUAUUUUCCAGCAAGGAAAUUAGAUAAUGGGGAAAGCUAAUCCUAGAUGGCGCUUUCGAUGCCUUCGUUAAGAUGGAAUUUGAUGGUUAAAGUUUAAGUGGCGGUCUUGACGAUAGAUAUGGUACUUUUUGUAUGGAAUUUGACAAUAGACAAUCAAAUUGACAGUGGCAUUCUAUAUUGUAUUAUGCUCUUAGCGUGCAUGCCUAGAGUUGCCUUGCGUUUAUCGCCGAUAUAUUAUCAACUCAAUAGAAAUGAUAAUGGGUUAGUUUAUAUACCAUUCCCAAAUAAAGUGACCCGUUUUAUUUCUCUUGAGUGUAGAUAGAAACAGGCGUAUUUUAGUUAACGCUAGCCUUUUGAACGCCACAGACGGCAAUUGACGUCAACGCAAAAUCAUGACAACGACGCCAAAGACGGCAUUUGACGUCGAUCGUUUUUUGAUGAAAAUCUACUGAAAAACACCCCACUUUUAGGUUGGCAUUAUUUAUUCACAAAACUAAAUUUUACCCCCGUGGCGUCAGCGGCACGACAAAUGGAUGCGCCGUUUGGCGUUCAAAAGGCUAGUGAUAAACGGUAUUGGCUAUGUGCACGCCAGUGGUGUUACCUGUGAAUAGGUACCUCGGUACCCUUUUAAUAUUACAGAGUUAAUAUAACGAAAUUCGAGGAUAUCUUUCUUAUUUAUCUUCGCAUGCGCUGUAUACUCAUCUUUUGACUCACACCAGGCGAUUCGAACACAGCCAAUAGAACUCCUUACCUGCAUACACAAAAAGGCAAGAACUUACUGUCAUGUUUGAUAGUAUCUAUUGUUUUGAUUGAUGUGCUUAAAAAAAUUCUGCUGAAAAUUUUAUAUACAUUUAUUCGUUACUUAA